CCUCGUUCAUCAUUCGACUAUAAUACUGCGGGGUACUUUGUUCGUUAUGCACCCCUAUUCAUAGCUUCAAAGGCAAUAUCUACGAGAUACAUAGCCUCAGGGGAUAUUAAAAUACAUUGUUCAAGCAGGCAGAUACUGCUAGGCCUUCGCAAUGAGAAACAGGAAGAUAAAGAACCUUUUGAACAUAAAAAUCUCACUCUAACAUGUCUUUGCGUUCUCGGUAACAAAGGAAUCCCCCGUCCUCGUCAAAGGGCAUACCAAUUUGGUCCUUGUCGAAAAUAAUAUUCUUGAUAUCGCCAUGGGGAAUCGCGUAACAACGAGAGUUUUCUGGUUAAAUCUACUGCGAUCAUUAACCGUGGUAUGGAUGCGACAUAAAGUGCAGCUGGACGUACGCGUUCCAAAGCUGUUCUCUUAACCCUGAUCUGGUCUCCUCAUAUCGGCCACGAAGGCGAAUAGAGAAACGAAAUGGCGCAUUCACCUCUCCUUCGGACGGCGAUGCGUUUGAAGCUGGACGGAAGGAGCAUAUCUUUGGUCAACUACGAACUGACUCUCGAAGACGCUUCUUCCUCCAUUUUACCAAAACCUCCAAGCCAGAAGAAUUUCGACGAAGUGAGGUGGACCGAGCUGCGUAAAACCCAUGAAAAUAAAAAGGCCCGAGAGACGCGACAAAAAGAAUACGAGCACGAUUUCAUGAAGGCGCUGGCGGGAGAACUUCGGAAACGCACCCAGAAAAAGCUGCUUACGGCGUGGAAAGGGGUGAUUCCGACCAAGUCGUCCGCGUUGAGAUUAGCAGUAGCCAAGUCGGGGUUCGCGGAAUGGAGGCCACCCUUGCUCUCGGAGUGCCUGCUGUUCGAACAGAGCUCAUCUUACCCUCCGAUCUGCGGCCGCGUGCACGCUGCCGAGAUGGGGAUUCUGGACAGGAGACUGCUCCACGUGGCCAUAUCACCGAAGUACGUGCCGAAGCCGCACUUUAAGAUGGAAAGAAAGAGGCUCGCGGCCAAGAGCGCCGAGUUCGCCGCCUUUGUCGCGCAGCAGACGUCGGGCGCGAACAAGCGGAGCCUGAUACCACGCCCGCAGGACGAAUCGUCCGACGAGGGCCUCCUGACCGUGAACGAGGCGCCGAUCGCAGGGCGGGCGGGCUCUGUCUCGGCCGCCCCUAAGCCGAGCAAGAUCGCCAGCAUACUGGGCAAGCGGAAACGGGCCCCGGCGAAGCAAGCAGCAAAGGGCGCUCGGAAGCCGCCGAAGUUCGUCAAACUGUACGACUGCAGAGUCCACGACCGCGCGCAGCUGGUCGCCCAGGGGAUGAACCGCUGUGUUCUGAUGCAGCAGCGACUGCCCCGGGUCGAGAACCCUGCGCCGGAGCUCGUGAAACGCAGGAUCGUCGGCCGCAAGGCCGAGUCGCCGGAGCCGAUGGACGUCGACGGCGACCCUGCUGCCGACGCCGCACGCGAGCUUCAGAUCCACGGCAUAGCACUGCCCGUGCGGCUACUAGGGGGCGAGUUGUCGGACGAGCAAGAGUGCCCGUCCUUGGAGGACGCUGUGCGAUACCGAUCCUGGAGGACCCGGGCACGGCGGUUCUUUAACGAGCGCGAUCGGUACAUGCAGAGUAGGGUGUAUCAGGAGCGGUCAAGCGACCGUGAUUUGCUGCGCGCUGUCCAGGCGCUGACAAGUUUCUGGGUCAAGUUGAAGAUAUAAUGAACGACGGCGUUAUUUUGUUUUGGCCUGUUAGGUUUUCAGUGGUGGUGUAAGGGCGGGGCACAGGGGGACUUUGGCGUACGGCACAUUUUAUCAGCGCUGCUGCACAGAAUAUUACUUAGUUACCUAUAUCAUUAAAUUCGGAGCGGUUAAACGGUUAAAAGAGAAGGAUUCCGAGCACGAGUAU